UCGUAGUCCUUUGAUCUCUAUUGGUGCUGACAGAUGAUUAAUGACCCCAGCCCCCCUUUACCCCUUUGAUCGUAGUCCUUUGAUCUCUAUUGGUGCUGACAGAUGAUUAAUGACCCCCGCCCCCGGACCCCUUUUGAUCGUAGUCCUUUGAUCACUAUUGGUCAUGGCAGAUGUUUAACAACUUUGAAGUUUAGCGCAUGCGUGCUAGGCGUGUUAUGGGUUAUGUCCGUACAUGUCCCCCCUAGAAAAAAACGUAGUGUGUGGAGGGGGCGUGUUUAGCGCAUGCGUGCUAAUGCGUGUUCCGGGGACAUGUCCGUACAUGUGAAUCGGAAGUAGUAGGGCGUGUUUAGCGCAUGCGUGCUAAUGCGUGUUCCGGGGACAUGUCCGUACAUGUCCUAACGAAGAAUCGGAAGUAGUAGGGCGUGGCUAGCGCCUGGGCUAGUCGUAGCCAAAGCGAGCUAACCGGCAUUCUCAACAAGCUACCGUGAGGGGAGCCAUGAUUAACGAGACGUGUGUUAACAUUAGCCCUCAGCUGGUGAAGACUGCUUUUUACCAGGUUGGUCACAUUAUAUGAAAUUAUUGAUCAUUUAGUGAAAGGAACAGCAUCAUAAAACAUAAUAUCCUCUUACUUGUUAAUUUUUAAACCUAACUUAACCUAACCUAACCUAUUGAACUCGCCUAAGUAUCCUUGAGCAAGGUACUGAAUCCCUCAAUGCUCCUGGUGACGCAACACCAGUAGGUAGAUGGCAAUGUAGUGUAUGCCAUGAAGUCUAUUCUUUUUAGACUAAUAAUGACUCAAAAUGAGCUCCAAAAUGUAAUGCUACUGGAAGGAAUCUCAAGUCUGUACAGAAAAAUGGUUGAAGCAUGACGCAGUCCUGCAGAUGUUAUUCCUAUUGCAUGAUAGUUUACGCGGACCUGUGUAUCAGUGGGGGGAGACGCUGCAAAAACGCGGCAUUUUUCAACAAAUGUAUGUCUACACACAUAUACAGAUCUCAUGUUUGUGUUAAGAUGGGUAUCUGUGCAAUCUCAAAGGCGUUAUCAGUGGAGAGAAACGAAGCAUUUUUUUCAACAAAUGUAUGUCCACUCAGCAAAAUGCAGAGCCCCAUGUUCAUUUAAAGAUCAAGGUCAUAAAACAUUUUAAAAAUCAAAAACUACAAAAUACGAUUACGUAAAAAUGGGUGGGGAAAACCCUAUAAAUUCGCUAUCUCCUCGCCUUCUUCGUUGUCCGUUCAACAUACCUGAUACCAAAUGGCCAGAGAGGUUAAAGAAAUCAACAUUUCAAACUAUGAGUUGGACCUAAGGUCUGAUGCGGAGGACACUGAAUUGACACAUCACGCGUCGACACCGGCUUCUUCGCCAUCCCUACUAUGGGACCUUGGUGAUUCGGAGGCUGAUCUUAAUUAUUCUUCGCAAUCGACUUCGGAUAACGACAUACAGCCGCACGACUGGCGUAGGCCAUUAUCGCGAUCAAGUGAGGAGGACAGUGGCUAUUAUUCACAAUCUAAUGGCCUAUCCACUCCACCAAGAGCAGCAACAGCAUACUUAGCAGAUGCCUCUACACAAACUGACAUAUUCAUUAAAUCAGAAGCUGUCGAUGAGCCAGCCAUCUUAGUUGGUGAGAAUUUUAUAUUUACCCCCUCGGUGAUUCGAUACGCACCACCAGCGCAGGUGUUAGUUGCGGAUGCAACUGCGCAGAUUGAUGAGUUAUUCAUUCAACCAAACGCCGCCCCAAAACCUGCAAUAGUUGCGGAUGCAACUGCGCAGAUUGAUGGGUUAUUCAUUCAACCAAACGCCGCCCCAGCGCAUGUGUUAGUUGCGGAUGCAACUGCGCAGAUUGAUGAGUUAUUCGUUCAACCAAACGUUAUAAUUCCACGUCUCAUCAGGAGCGGGCCGCAUGAGCUUCCUCGGGAACCUGGCACCCCGUUUGGAUUCAUUAUUGACGAAGCGAGAGGUCGAUAUUAUUCAUAUUAUUUUGUCUGAUUUGCUAUCCUGAUUAAAAAUGGAUGAUUCUAUUCCUGACAUACCGUGUGAAUUUCAAGAUUUUAUCAAUCAAAUAAACGAGCAAAUGGUGUCACAGCCUGAUAUACCUUACGAACUGUUGGAUAUUGUCAGCGGAAUAAACAAUGUGAAUCAGGUAAACAAUGAGAUGGCAUUUGAGCAACACAACCCAGACACGCUGAUUGAUUCAGAUGAUCCAUUUGUAGCCAUUCGAUCAAUAGAUGAUUUUGUCGAUUUCUUUCAGCCUUUACAAAACGCUUUAAUACAACUUAAUCAACCGAGCAAUGUUCCAAACGAAUCAACUGACAGUGUCAUG